UCUGCCAACAUGGCUCCGAAAACGGGAAUGUUGCUAGCAAAAUCUGAUUUUCCGAUGUAUACUGUAAAAUCUUUAGAUGAGAGACAUUUUGUCGUUGCUGGUGGUGGUGGGCAAGCAAAAACCGGAGUGGCAAACUCAAUUGAAAUAUACGAAUUAAGAGCAACAGAAGAUGGAUACAUGGUAAGCAGUGUGUGUCGACAUGAUGUGGGUCCCCAGGCUCCCAUGAACAGCGCUUGUGCCUUUGAUGGACGAAACCAUUUGUUAGCUGCUGGCAUGGAUGAUGAAUGCCAUCUGUUCUCAAUAAAAUAUAAAGUCAUAAGCCCUUCUAAGAAAGACCAAAAGACAACAAUAGACUCUUUAAAAAGAAGAAAUCAACCUGAUGAUAAAAGUGAGACACAACCUAAUGGAACAGACACAAACACUGAGUCGGAUAGUGCCAAGCAUAUCUCGUUUGAAGUUCUUAAUUUACGGACAGUAACAACAGAUUUUUUAAAAGGCGGAGGUUUUCAGAAGUGUGUUCAGUUUAGUCCUGAUAGAAGCAUUCUGGCCACAGGAGGCGGGGAUGGACAUCUCAGGGUGUGGAAGGUCGACGAUUUUACAAAACUUCACGACAUUGAAGCUCAUAAAACAGAAAUAGAUGACAUAGCAUUUUGUCCAAAGGGUAAAAGGAUAGUCACAGUAUCACGUGGCAACACGUUCUCUGUGUGGAACACUGCUGAUGGCAAGAGGCACAUGGAUGUGGAAUGGCCCGGCAAGGCAGGCAUGCAUAGGUUCAGGGCCUGCAGAUUUGGUGUGCGAGAUGGGAGCUUAGAGAAGGGACACAACCUGUACACCAUUAACAUUCCUGUGCAGCGUAGCAGCAAACCAGACCCGUGCUUCCUGGCCCAGUGGGAUGGCGAAACGUUCAAGCCACGUCUUAUCAUGAACGCUGGAACUGAGGUCCUCUCAGCCAUGGCCGUCAGUCCAGAUGGUGUGUAUGUUGGAGUUGGGAUGAUGUCAGGCAGUGUGGCAGUGUACAUCUCAUUCAGUCUCCAGAAAUUGUACUACGUGAAGGAGGCCCACAACAUCUUCGUGACAGGGUUGUCGUUCCUGCCGGUGUCGGAGAGCGUGGCUGCUGUCAGUGACGCCCAGGACUUCAGCCUGCUCAGCAUCUCCGCUGACAACACCGUACGCCUGCACCAGGAGCCUACCAGAGCUUCCUACAGUGCAGUUGUUCUCAUAGUGGGGUUGCUGUUCAUGAUAGCUGCACUCUUCUGGAUAUUGGCUCACAUGGGGUUAUGACCUCUGGGAUUUCAUGAUAGACCUUUUCUUUAUAUGAUGUCCAAGAAAUAUGCAUGGCAAGUAGCACAGUGCUGGAAAUUAGUGCUUUCUGAUAAGAUGCAAAAAUUGUCUUGCUCCAAAAUUUCUGAAGAAAGAUGUAAAUGAGAUUGUGAUUAGUUGUCAUUUUAGUGUGAAUUUAGAAUUGAAAAGAUGGUUAUUAAUUGUUAAUAAUUGGAAUUUUGUAAAUAAUUUUUGAUUGGUUGUUAUUGAACAUGAUAUACCGGUAUCUGUACAGAUAUAAGUGGGGUUAGUUUUUCUGAAAAUAUUUUUUUCUUCACAAUAUGAUGUUAUCAAAGCUAAUGCAAUUAUCGAUACAUAAACCGGUAUUUGGGGUCUGUAAUAUGUUUUUGUUCUAUGUUUUCAAUUUUGUGGAAUGUGAAUCAACACUCAGUUUUCUGAGCCAACAAAGUUUGUUUCUGCCUAAAAUUAUAAGGACUAAUGCAAAUAUCAUACUCUUAUUAAGUAGAAACUGUUCUCUACAAGCCAUGCGAAAGACUUUCCUCGAACAUAUCUGAUAAAAUUUGCUGAGGUCCAAUAAUAUCUCCAAAACUGUCGGACACGAGAAAUUGACGGACCUUGUGUCCGACAAUAAAAAACAAUAUGUAAAACUUUGGUUUAAAAUGAACACAACACUAGGAAUAUGUAAUUAAAUAACUGUUUCACGUUCCUUUUACUUCGAUAAAUUUUUUAACUUUAAAAUAAAAUGAAUUCGAACGGCAAUCUUUGCUAGUACAUAACAAACUCCAAGCGCAAUUCUAAAAUUACAGCUGCCGCUUAGAACAUAUGUACAGAGUAACGUCGAGAUAUAACGAGAAUAUUAAUACGACAUAAACACUAAACACGUUCUUUCUGGUAUGGCUGGAAAGUGAACAGCAAUUAAAAGUAAACAAAAGUAACAAAGGGUAUGCAACGGGGAAAAGUACCUGUUUCAACACGGACGUGGCCAUAUUGAUCAUCACUAUGAGAGUACUAGUGUUUUAUAUUUCUGUAUAAAAUUACUUGUAACGUAUACACACAAUUUUCUUCACUUUUAACUGAAAGUUGUACCAUAUGUUUUCAUACAAUAGGUUUAAAUUAAGUUUUAAUUUUAUUGUAUUUAGAAUUGUUAAAUAUUGUGAACGUCAUAAUAAUAAUAAUAAAAUCUAUAAAUUUUAUUUUAUUUUGUUUGGUCAAAGAAGAACGAGGUCCAGUAAAAAGCCGCUUAUGUCCGAAAAUUUUAUAAGUUUUUAUUUUAUAUCGCACUUUAUGUCCGGUAAGAUUUUUUUGUCUUUCGCAUGGGUUAGUUGUCUAUAUUUAUUUAUUUCAGGACCACUUUUGUAAGUCUAACCAGGUCUUGGUAUAUAUUUUCAACAUUUGAAAUAUCAGUAUAUAUCAAUUGAACUCUUUUUGGCUCACCUGAGCACAAUGUGCUAAAUGGUGAGCUUUUGUGAUCGCCCUUUGUCAGCCAUCUGUCGUGCGUUGUGCGGCGUCAACAUUUGCCUUGUUAACACUUUUGAAGCCACAUUUAUUGUCCCUUAUUCAUGAAAUUUGUUCAGAAGAUUUUUGCCUAUGAUAUCUUUGGCGAGUUUGAUCAUGGUUUCAAUUGGUUGAAAAAACAUUACCACCCUAAAUUCACAUUUAUUGUCCACUCUUCAUGAAACAUGGUCAGAACAUUUGUUUUAAUGAUGUAUUGGAUGAGUUUGAAAAUGGUUUCGGUUGCUUGAAAAACAUGGCUUCCAGGGGGAGGGGCAUUUUUCCUUAUAUGGCAAUAUAUAGCUAUAGUAAAACUUUGUUAAAACUCUAGAGGCCACAUUUAUUGUCAGAUCUUCAUGAAACAUGGUCAGAAGAUUUGUCUCAAUGAUAUCUUGGAAAGGUUUGAAAAUGGUUUUGGUUGAAAAACAUGGCUGCCAGGAGGGGGGCAUUUUUCCUUAUAUGGCUAUAGUAAAAACUUGAUCACACUCUAAAAGUCACAUUUAAUGUCCAGUCUUCAUGAAACUUGGUCAGAACAUUGUUUAAAUGAUAUCUUGUAUGAGAUUAAAAAUGGUUCUGGACUGUUGAAAAACAUGGUGGCCAGGGGGUGGUAAAUGUAUCCUUUUAUGGCUAUAUUAAAACCUUGUUAGCACUCUGAAAGUUACAUUUAUAGUUCACUCCUCAUGAAACUUGGUCAGAACAUUUGUUCUAAUUAUAGCUUGGGCUGCACAUAACAGGUUAGUUCAUUUGUAUCUCAGGUGAGAGACUUUGGGCCUUUGAGGCCCUCUUGUUUAUUUAAUUUCUUACAAAGACACUUAGUUGUGAGGCCUUCAUAUAAUUGAAUAUUGGCUGGUUAUUCAAGUCGUUCUCAAGUUAAAGAGUGGAAACCCAGAGUUUCCCCUUGCCUGCUGGGACAAUGGCAUACCCCAGUUGUAGAAAUGAAAUUGACUUAAAAGCCCACUGGCAAAUAUGUUAUUGAUAGGUGCUUCUGGGACUAAGAAUUAUUUUACAGAUUGCAAUGUUAAUCUACAGAUGUUAAACCAAUGUAAAAUGAUGAUUUAUUUAUUAUUUUUACAUUAAGGGUAUCUGCUGUAUUCAUUAUAUAAAAUGGGAUUAUAAAUUACAAUGGUUAAAUUUAAUUUUGUCAAUUGUUACUCAGAUAUGAUUAUUGCGAAUAAAAUAUGCACAUUCAUUAAACUAGAAAUGUUUCUAUAAUUGCAGUCAUUGUGCUUUGUAUUUAGCUUAUCCUUGGUUGUGGUGAUAAACGCUAUGAAGGUCACAUUUAUUGACUAAUUUUCGUGAAACUUGGUUACAAAAUUUGUGACAAUAAUAUCUCAGCCAAAGUUUGAAACUGGGUCACUUGGGGUAAAAACAAGAUCACUGUCAUAAAUUUAAAAAAAAGCUUGUGAACAUACUCUAGGCCACAUUAAUUUACCAAACUUCAUGAAAAAGUGUCAAAAGAUUUGUUCCAUUGAAAUCUUGUGUGGGUUUAAAAACUGGGUCAGUAGGUCAAAUUAAUAAAAAGGUUUUUAACACUCUGGAAACCACAUUUAUUGCCCAAUCUUCUGGAAAGUUAUGUUUUGACCAACUAAUGAUUUUAUGAAUAUUGUUUGGAAUAAGUUUUUUUGUUGUUAUGAUAUAUGGAAUGGGUUUAAAAAUGAUUGAAGUGUCUUCAAAAGCAUGUCUGCCACGUAUUGGGGGACGUUUUCUUUUUAAGUCUAUUCUGAAAACUUGUGAACGCUAAUUCCUUCUUAGAACAUUCUAGUUCCUUGAGUUCUUUGGUGAGCGUCUUCAGGCAUUUAGACCUCUUGUCCCAAUACAUUAAUUAACUUUUUAUCCUAAUCCACGUAAGCAAACCUUUAAAUGUACAUGGUCUUGGUAUAGACUAUUUGAUAGCUCUGGACAUUCCAAAUGGCCUUCUUUAACUUUCUUGUGUCUUGUUCAAGUCGUAUACAUGUAUAAUUAUGUACAACAUAUGUUUGUUGAUGCAAUUCCUUUAUGCUAGUGUCAGAAAUCUUUUUAAUUGUACCAGGGGAUGUAUAUUAUUCCUGAUGCAUGUCGCACAUGUAAAGAAAGAUGUACGCAUGCACUAUUUAUUAAUUUAUUUGUUACAUAUUACAUUUGUUGCAUAUAUACAUGUAUGUAUGUAAUGCAUUAAUAACUAAAUAAAAUAUACUAAGCUAUAAAACA